AGAAGGAAAAAAGCAAACAAAGAUGUUCAAAAGUGCAGGCGGUGGCAAAACAGGAAUGUGUGGAUAAAUUAAAUAACAUCACUAAUCGGCAAAUGAAACAAAAGAUUACUGUAAGGAAGAAUGACUGUUUGAAAAUGGAGAAUGAAAACAUGAUAGAAGAAAAAGACAAAAAGAUUUUUUCAUCUGGGGAGAGCUCAAAAUUGAUUAAAAUGCCAAUGAAAGGUAAAAUUGCCCUGAAUGCCAAAGGUGCAAAGAAAAGUAAAAGACAGCCUUCAAAGCAGAAGGCUCAUCAGCAGAUGAGCUCUUCCAGUGGCAAUCAUGGUCAAGUACCGGAUGAUAGCACUUCCAGUGAAACAUCUGAGGAUGAAGGAAGACCUGCAGCAACAACCAGGAGUGAAAGGAACGAGGUCAGCAUACCAAUGGAAGUAACUGAUGACCCUGGUUUAACUCACUCAUCUGACCCAACUUCAGAGGAUGUCCGGUUAGAAGCUUCAGCCUACAAGGAGACUAUGCUGCUCUUGGAAGAGCUUGGUGUGGUCCAUAUGGCCGAUGUGCCUUACGUUAUCAUUGGUUCUCUGUCUAGUUAG